AACCAGACUAUAAUACAGCCAGCAGCGAUAGCACCAUUAAGGUCAAUCAUCGAGCCAUUCACUUCUUCUAAAACACAAUCUUCAUCAUAUAUAAAGGUUGAAGAACAGAACAAGAAAAAGACAUUCUUUCCAUAUCACCAAUUGACCCCUCAUCCGCCAACAUGCCAACCACCACCACCACCACCACCACCACCACCUCGACCACCUCGACCACCACUCCAACCCCUCACCCCUCCAAUUCCCUCACCUUCUACGACAUCGCGCUACGGCCCCCGGUCGAGAAGAACUGCGCCUCCCCAAACCCGUGGAAAGCCCGCCUAGCGCUCAACUUCAAGAACAUCCCCUACAAAACGACCUGGGUACCGCAACCCGACAUUCCCAAGCUCCGGCGCAGCCUGCAAGUGCCCGCGGUACGUCAAUUCGCCGACGGCAGCGACUUCUUCACGCUGCCACUCCUGCACGACCCAUCCACAGACUCAUUAGUGGGUGACUCCUUCGACAUCGCCGUCUAUCUCCAAAAGACCUACCCCGACGCAGGCGCGGGCGACCUCUUCCCCACGCAGACGCUCGACUACACCUUCGCGCAGGACCCGACACUGGUCGUCCCGCUCACGCAGUCCCGCGACUCCAGCCCCCAGUUCGCCGAGUACGCGCGCUUCAACGUGAACGUCGACGCCGCGUUCACCGCCCACGUCCAGCUGACCGUGCAGGGGUUCCCCUUCGACCCAGAGACCGAGGAGGCCGUCAAGGCGGAGUUCGUGCGCCGCGCCGGCGUAUCGGGGUGGGAGGACUUUGCGCUGGAGGGUGAGGCGCGCGUGAAGAUGUUGGAGGCGUUCCGGGAGACGCUCGGCGGGUUGGGCAAGCUGUUUGCUCGGGAUCCCAGUGGCCCGUUUCUGCUCGGCGCUCGCGCCAGUCAUGCCGAUUUUAUUGUGGGAGGGUGGUUACGGAUGUUCCGGGUUAUGUUACCCGAGAGUGAGUGGGUGCAGGUCGCGGGUUGGCAUGGUGGGCUUUUUGGGCGCUUGUAUGAUGCGUUGCAGGUCUAUGCGGAGGUGAAAUAGUUGAAGUCGAUACUCCCGAAUUUGAAUAUGAAACCAUGGCCUAAAAUGGAUUGGAGGAAUAUAUAGCAUUGAUUAGAAACUUAAUGAUGAAGAAGC